GCGCAGGCGCGGGGAGGGGUUGGGGGAGGAGGGAAAGCGGCGAGUAAGAUGGAAGAUGAGGAGGUCGCUGAGAGCUGGGAGGAGGCGGCAGACAGCGGGGAAAUAGACAGACGGUUGGAAAAAAAACUGAAGAUCACACAAAAAGAGAGCAGGAAAUCCAAAUCUCCUCCCAAAGUGCCCAUUGUGAUUCAAGACGAUAGCCUUCCCACGGGGCCCCCUCCACAGAUCCGCAUCCUCAAGAGGCCCACCAGCAACGGUGUGGUCAGCAGCCCCAACUCCACCAGCAGGCCAGCCCUUCCUGUCAAGUCCCUAGCACAGCGGGAGGCAGAGUAUGCAGAGGCUCGGAGACGGAUCCUAGGCAGUGCCAGCCCCGAGGAGGAGCAGGAGAAACCCAUCCUGGACAGGCCAACCAGGAUCUCCCAACCCGAAGACAGCAGGCAGCCCAGUAAUGUGAUCAGACAGCCGUUGGGUCCUGACGGGUCACAAGGCUUCAAACAGCGCAGAUAAAUGCAGGCAAGAAAGGACGCCGCUGCUGCCACCACCGCCUCCUGGACGGUCUGCCAUGGGUCGCACUGCUGUGGCAGACGGCUGGACUUGAGCAGAGGGAAUAACCUGACUUACUUGCACUGUGAUCCCCCUUGCUCCGCCCACUGUGACCUUGAACCCCAUGCACUGUGACCUCUGCCUCCCCCCCUUCCCACUGUGAUUGGCAUGUUGACAAGGGCUGUCCCAAGUCAAUAGAAAGGGAAAGGGUGGGGACUAGGGGAGGAUUAGGGGAGCCUACCAAGGACUCAGAGUAGAGGGUCAGACAGUGCCACUUGGCCACUUGGGGUAAAGCCAGUGCCAGCAAUAACAGUCUAUCAUGCUCAUUAAUUUGGGAUUUCAAACCACAAAUGAGAACUCCCCCACCCACCCCAAGUGCAUGUCACCAUCACUUAAAAGUUCCAUUGAAAAUAGCCUUUCUUUUUUUUUUUUCUUCCUAUUUUUGUUUGUUUAUACAAAUACCUGAUUUGCAAGAAAAAGUGCAUGGAAGAGGUUUCAGCAGUUAAUGAAUUUUUAAUUGAGAAAGGGUAGUUUAGUAGUCACUUAAAAGAUGUUUCUAGGAAAUUUGCUAGGAACAUUAACCAAUAGGAGUUGGAUGAGCUUAGCUUCUGUAUUCCUACUGCCGCCCAGAAGAGAGGCCGGGCUCGGAAGCCCCCAGAGAUGAGCAUCUGUGCCUAAAUCGCCUUCCUCCAGCUAAGUCCCAGCUAAGUUGCCUAGAGAUAGCUCAGAGAGCCUGUGGGAGGGGCUGACCCAAUGUUAGUAUUGUGAGAGAUGGGGAAAGUGACAGGCUUCCCCUUCCCACACCCCUCAGGGUGGGCUGGCUCCCUACCAGCCAGGUUCGCUGCUUCUAAAGGAGGGCACAGAGUGACUCUGGGCUCAGAAAGGCAGUGAGGACACUUGUCUAGUGUUUGCUGUCGGCACAAGCCCAAGAGAGAGUCUGGCUCCAGAACUCCAGGCCUCUGCCUGGAGUGGUCAGAGUAGAGAGGCCUGUCCCUUCCAGCAAGACUGGAUGGAACACUUAAGGAUAUGAGGCCCUGGUUCAGAGACUGUACUGGAACGUUGCCUGGUGAAAAGAGUGGGACUGGAGCAGCCGGGGAAAGACAGACUGUGCAUUGCAAAGGCAGAUGGCCGACAGGUUCCUCGGAGGCCUCGGCUGCCCCUUCCCUCCCCGAGCAGAACAAGGCCGGCAUGAAGGCCAUCUCUGUCCCCGAGCCUGGAGCUUUGCUUUGGCUCUCGGUGGGAGAGGCUUGAGAGGGUGGCUGUGUCCCACUAGGUGCUCUCUGGCUUUGUGAUCUCUUCCAAUGCACUUGGCCUUACCCCUCGGCCAGCCUGACAGCCGACCAGCACUCUCCUGACCAGCACUCGGGUGUGGGAGUGGGCGGGGUGGGGUGGGAUUAGGGCAGCCCUAGCAGCCAGGGAUCACACCCACCGCCUUCCGUUCUUCUGGCUUGUGCGCUGUAGCAAUGGCCCACAUCAUCUUCCCCUUAGGAAGAGGUUCUUCCCCAGCACAGCCCUAGAUCUGCCUGAAACCAGGGGCCAUCUGUGAGUGAGCCUCACAGAGCCUUAGCAGGCGGGCGGGCCACCCCCAGGGUAGGAAGGAACUUGGCUGCUAGCUCAGAGCCUAGGGCCCACCCACAGGGCUAGUGGUUUUGGUUGGAGGACAGACUGCCCCUUCUUUGGAGAAGGGUGCAGAAACCCUGCUUGCCUGGUCCCCUCUAGUGGAAGCCAAGGGCGGGCGGCAUCUGCACGUUGAGAGCUCACAAGAGGGGCUCUCCCAUCUCAGUCUGGCCAAAGAAGGCCCCGCCCACAGUGCACCUGCCUCCCUAUUCCCACCAGCAGUCCUGCCUUUGGCCUCCUAGGUGAGAGGUGGCCGGCACCACUGAAGAAGGAAAGGAAGGAAGGAAAACAGACUGGUGUUGGGGGAGGGGGUGUGGGAAACGGUUUGGAUUUUGUGUGUGUGUGUGUUUGUGGGGUUUAUUUUUGUGUGUGUGUGUGUUUCCAUUUUUUUUUUUUUUUGUAGUUGUCUAUAACUCCAUAAGUGCUUUUUUUUUUCCUUUUUCCUUCUUUCUGUCUUUAAGUAAGUUGCAGGCUUUGGCUUGGUAAUUCCCAGGGGGAUGAAGGGCAGGAACCUGAGGCUGCUGCCCCUUUGUCUGCCUUCAUGGUACUUCCCCUUCCCCCAGCUCUUCCUGGACCCCACGAGCCAGGCCUCGGCCCUUCCAGCUAACCGCUUCCCAUGAGCCACUACUCUGAUGUCAGCCUAUAACCAAAGGAGCUGGGGGUCCGGGUCUGGUGACCAGCCCUUCUCAGUCCCCUCAAUCAGGGUGCUCCCCACCUGCAGGCAGGAGGCAACACCCUAUCUGCUGCCAUCAGCCCCUUCCAGAGCCCACCUGUCCCCGCCCAGCCCUGUCCUGCCCUGCCAUACCCUGCUCUACCCCAUCUGGGGGUGCUGUGCUCAGGGAUGGGCCGGCAGGGCUGCAUCCAGUCUCCCUGGUAAGCAGAGACUCAAGAAAACCUCUAGGGUCCUGCUUCUGGUCAUAUGACCCCAGGGGGUGACCCUUGGGCAUCUGUACAGAAGGGACUGGGAGGGAGGGCCACACCCUGCAGUCUCACUCUGCUGGUGUAGCGGGCAGCUCCUCACCCUAACCCCCACCGCGGGCUCCUGAGUCGGCAGAUUAAGCAUUUUAUAAAUUGUAUUUUAAAUACAUGUUUUAAACUUGUCA